AUGUUUAUACUUCACGUUUGCAUUUAUCACUUUUAUGCGAACCUGUUGGACGUACAAUUUUUCACGGUGAAUUCGUUUGAACAGUUCUGUAUAAAUUAUUGCAACGAGAAAUUGCAAAAUUUUUUCAACGAUCGAAUACUGAAGCACGAACAGCAGCUGUAUGCCAACGAAGGCCUCAAUGUCCCCCGCAUCCAGUACAGUGACAACGAGGACUGCAUCGGUAGUGCAUGGACUAAUUAUGGCUACAUUUUUUUCGUAUUCGAACAACUAGCUCUGUUAAACAGAUACGUUAAGCGAGUUAAAAAUGCAAUCCAAAUUAAUUCUGCGGUUGCACUACAUCCUACACCCACUAAUAAAAUGUCUUGUAAAUCUGCAGAUUUAUUUGAAAGGAAAGUGGAAGGUUUACUAGAUCUUCUGGAUGAGGAAGCACGCCUACCGAAGCCUUCUCCGCAACACUUCACUGCUUCCGCACACCAACAGCUCAAAAACCAUUUUCGCUUAACAGUAAGUAGAAUUUCGAUUUGGACAAAUUACAGUGACUUCUGUGAAGGUUGUGGUAUAGUGGGGAGAGCCGGUGGCCUCAAUUUUCUGACUCCGCGGAAAUCCAAACUAAGAGAGCAUCGGGACAUGCGAGAUGACGAAGGGCUGCUAAUACGUCAUUUUGCGGGAUCCGUUUGCUAUCAGACAGCGUUGUUUCUGGAAAAAAACAAUGAUGCAUUGCACGCAUCUCUGGAAAUGCUCAUGGACUGCAGCAAUUCGGCAUUUGUUCGAAAUCUCUUCUCCGCAAAUAGCAAUGACAGGUCGCUGAACAACAAUCGUAAGAAAUCACUAUCGAAUAAGCUUGCAUUCGCAUCAGUGAGCAACAAGUUUCGCAACCAACUUAACGAGCUACUGAAGAAAUUGGAGCUCACCGUAUGGACCUCGUUUGCGGAGCUGUAUAAGACAUAUCAAAAAAUUUUGCCGUCAAGACUUGCUCGGCUUGAUCCGCGACUUUUCUGCAGGUGUCUGUUUCAUGCACUUGGUCUCAACGACAAAGAUUUCAAAUUUGGUCAAACAAAAGUAUUCUUCAGGCCUGGCAAGUUUGCUGAAUUUGAUCAGGUCUGUCUUCGCCAGUUUCUGUUUUUUAACAUAAAGUUUUAA